GCUGACCAUCUUUAAAAUCCAUUCUCUCACCUCUUAUUAGCUUUAUUAACAGGAUCAUGUUUGGUGUUGCUGUAUAAUAUAUAAAACUAUGGCUAUUGAAACUCAGGGGGACUGUCUGAAUCGUGUUUGGUGUUGCUGUAUAAUAUAUAAAACUAUGGCUAUUGAAACUCAGGGGGGCUGUCUGAAUCGUGUUUGGUGUUGCUGUAUCAUAUAUAAAACUAUGGCUAUUGAAACUCAGGGGGACUGUCUGAAUCGUGUUUGGUGUUGCUGUAUAAUAUAUAAAACUAUGGCUAUUGAAACUCAGGGGGACUGUCUGAAUCGUGUUUGGUGUUGCUGUAUAAUAUAUAAAACUAUGGCUAUUGAAACUCAGGGGGGCUGUCUGAAUCGUGUUUGGUGUUGCUGUAUAAUAUAUAAAACUAUGGCUAUUGAAACUCAGGGGGGCCGAGAUCCGAGCUGAUUUCUUCGUUUGUUUUCAGGGCGUUGAUGUCUGCCUGCCUUUCUAAAAAGAUAAAAGCACGUGAAAGCUGAAAUUAUGUAACACAUUAAACUAGACGUUCAAUUCCAGUUUUACUUUCGAUUUGAGUCAGACAGCGAGCGGGGAGCACGGAUUUGCAAACGUGUGGAAGAUUGAAUCGCCUUAUCGCCUUUUAACGCGCUCGUUUGAGAUCAGAGUGAGAUUAGCAGCUUGUAGAAACGCAGAGAUAUAUAAAACGAAAUUGUAUUAUAAAAAGAACAGCGUGUUUUUGUUUGUUGAGCGGGAGGAAACGAGACGCUAAAGUUGCAGUGACGUUUUAUCUGGUUCGAAGUUCAGGGCACCGCGCCCGCGGUCGGGUUAUUUAUUUAUUUAUUUUUUUGAUCAGAUAAAGGUUGUGGUUUUAAAAGAAAUAAAACACGUUGUUUUUUUUGUAUGUUUUUGUGUUUUUAAACAGAGACCAAGCCAAGCUUACCGCGAAGAAACGUUUCUACAUUGUUCUGUUUUUUUUUUAAAUGCAAGAAUUAAAAACAGCACAACUUUAGACUUUUAAAAAGACCGAUCUGCUGAAUGCAAACUUUUGUGUCUGUCUGUGGACAUUUUAUGAUUUUUGAAAGUCGCCCCAAGGAAGCUGACAAAACCUGCACCUGAGUUUCCCCUCGGUGAUGCGGCGAGGUGUGUGCGGCGCGGGCUCCCCCUGUCAUGUGACUGAAGGACGAGGAGGAGGGGCCGGGCUGUCUCCUGGUUUCUUGUGUUCCAGAUUGCUGAAACUAGCGAUCCUGCUGGCUGGCGUCUUUGCCGGAUUCACUUCAGCUUGUUCGUUACGCCAUGUAACGACAUACGGACUCCUGAUCCAGAGCCUAAAUGAUUCUCUCCCUCAAGAUUAUAAUUUCCCCGUCACAGUCCUACCUGUCAGGUGUCAGAAUUUCUCUGAUAUUGCAAUGCUCAAAUCUUCCCUCACUCACCUCCACAGCAUGGCUGGGAAGGAGCUCAAACCCAAGGUUUCAGGAUUAUUGGAACAAAUUCAAUUUGAAAAUUGCUCAGCUCUGGAAAAGUUCGAUGGCUCUGGGUUUGAAGUGCAGUUUUGGAACACCUCCUAUUUUGUGGCCCAGUUGUUCACAACUUUGAAUAAUUUCAAUGACUGUCACAUGAAUGGAAGAACCUGCCCAGCAGCAUGGCCUGAGAAGAGAUCCUGUCUCCCUACUGACAGCUCCACAACCACGGUGCCCCCUACAGACAGCUCCUCAACCACAGUGACUCCUACAGACAGCUCCACAGCCACAGUGAGUCCUACAGACAACUCCACAGCCACAGUGACUCCUGCUGGUGUAAUUUAUGAAUUUAUUAAAGAAAGAAAAUACUACAUCAUAUUCAUCAUCUUCAUCAUCAGUGUCUUUAUCCUCGCCGCAGUGUUUUACAAAAGACGGACUCCACAUCGCCCCCUAGUGAAAUCUGAUAAUGGAGAGACUGCUGAAACAGAAUCAUUAAGAGCAGUCGCCUCUGUAUGAAAAGGCGGGUUUUCAUUCUCCUCAAAAAAAACAAACCAUUUAGUUUGUGGAACACAAACGCUGUGUCUCCUCCUGUGGACGCGUGAGGGAGCGGGUUGUCCUCGGGGUCGCUGUCUCAUCGGACACCUGGUUGCCAAGACAACAAGCCUUCCUCCCCAUCGCAUUCUGUAUAGUGCUUUUCAAAUACCAAACAGGGAAACUGCCUAAAAUCUCAGAUCAGAUUUCACGCACUGAAACAUCGCUAUCACCUCCACUGACACCCCCCGAAGAGAUCAGAGUUUUUUAAGGGAGGUUUAUGAAACGGAGGCUGGCAUCUGCCCGCUCGAGGAUGGUCGGGAAUCCUGGGACAAAAGAACGGAAUCUGUUUGGAACCAAGAGGAUUGUGGGAUACUUGACCGAAGUGUUUUUAAAGGAGCUCAUGGACCUGCAGCCGGGAAUUGAAGCACAGAAACCAGGAGCAGAGACACACGGUGUGGAAGAGAAGGGAUGAGGACUACUAUGAGUUACCAAAGGCUACGAAGGACUAUGAAGGGCUAUCAUGGGCUAUCAUGGCCUUCGAAGGGCUAUCAUGGCCUACGAAUGGGCUAUCAUGGCCUACGAAGGGCUAUCAUGGGCUAUCAAAGGCUACGAAGGACUAUGAAGGGCCAUCAAGGGCUAUCAAGGGCUAUCAAGGGCUAUCAUGGGCUAUCAAGGGCUAUCAUGGGCUACGAAGGGCUGUCAUGGCCUACGAAGGGCUAUCAUGGGCUAUCAAAGGCUACGAAGGACUAUUUAGGGCCAUCAAGGGCUAUCAUGGGCUACGAAGGGCUAUCAAGGGCUAUCAUGGGCUCCGAAGGACUAUGAAGGGCAAUGAAGGACUAUGGAGGGCUAUCAUGAGUUAUCAAGCCACGUUGUUGAUGCAGAAUCACUGGGAUCCUUGGGAAGACGAAAAUAAACCAAAAAUUCAACAUCUUCAGAAAGUGGAAACGUUUGUCAUUGAAACGUCCAAAGAAAAUGUAAUGUGGACAAGGGGGUGUCCAUAGAAUCUGUCCUGGGAGUCGGACAACGCGUCCAAACAGCUCGACUGACCGUAGCGUCCGGAGACGAACAAAAUAAUAAUAUGAAUAUGAAUUUGUUAAUGUGCAGGAUGACGCCUCUAGGAUGUGAUUUUAAUACCAAGUGUUUAAUCUGUAGUAUUUUGUAUUUAAUCAUAUCUUGAUGUAACUAUCACUGACACUGUUAUCUGCUGUAUUAUUGAAUUGUAUUUUGUCACACUUGUACUUGCUUGAACCCAAGUCACUGUAUUUAUCUUGCUCUUAAUUGUAUUAAUACUUGUACUGUGAUUAUUGAAAUGCAUUUUUGUUUACGAUUGUAAGUCGCCCUGGAUAAGGGCGUCUGCUCAGAAAUAAAUAAUAAUAAUAAUAAAAAUAAUAAUAAUAACAACUUAGAAAACUGAAGUAAAGCGUGCAGUAU